GCCAGGGCCAGGGCCAGGGCGCGAGGUCGUCAGCCUGAAGCCUGGGCCCCGGGCGUCCCACGUCGGAGGGCCUCGCACAGCCUCCGCGGGCCGCCCUCACGGGCUCCGGCCCAGGCCCGGCUCGCGCAGGGCCUCGCAGCCUCCAUGAAGGGCUCCCGGGCCGCCAGCGCCCCCUCCGGCCGCCCCGAGGGCAGCCCAGAAGGCGUGGAGCUGAGCCUGACUGGCCUCCCUCCGCCUGUGUCCUGGCGCCCCAGCAGCGCCUCGGCCUCGGCCGCCAAGCCCAUCGCCCGCUCCUUCUCCGCAGUCUCGGGCAGUGAGCCAAGGAGGAAGGCACUGGAGGCCACGGCGCCCGGAGGUUCCCGAUCCAUCAACAACCUUUGCAGAUCUAACAGCACCACGCAAGUCCACCAGCCGCCUGCCAGCGAGGCGUGCGCCGGCCCCCUCAGGCCAGCCGAGGACCCCCAGUUCCUGACACUCUUUGAGGGAAGCCCUGGUGGGAAAAAGAGGCUGGCUGGUCUGAGCAAGGCCCCCGGUGAGAGGGGGGCCACGUGGAAUGUCCUGGAUGACCACCCCAGGGCCUUCGCCUCGCCGCCCGACUCUGGGAGCCCUGGCACCCCCGGCGCGCCGCUGGGCCCCCGGAGGAGAGAGUGCACCGUCCCGCUGGCCCCCAGUUUCACUGCCAACAACAGGAGCAACAAGGGCGCGGUGGGCAACCGUGUCACCACCAUGCUGCACAACCGCUACAGCCCCUCGGAGAAGGCGCCGCCGCCCAAGAGCUCCAACCACGCGGCCCCCUCCCUCAACAACAUCCUCAAGGCGGCCACCGGUGAGGGGGACAGCAGCAGCUCUGGGAAGCCACACAAGAAUUUCUCCAGCAGCAACCCUGUGGCCCAGAACAACACGGGGGGGCCCCCAGGCCCGUUCAGACGGAAGGAGGUGACAGAGGAGGAGGCCGAGAGGUUUAUCCACCAGGUGAACCAGGCUGCCGUCACCAUCCAGCGCUGGUACCGCCAGCAGCGGCAGCGGCGCCAAGCCAGAGCUGCCCGCCAAGGGCACCCGCCCGCAUUGAGGCGAGAGGAGCAGCGGCAGCAGCUGGGAGACGGGAGCCCCCUGAGCCUGCACCAGCAGAAGGAGGCGGCCAGGAGGAAGGUCCGGGAGGAGAAGGCGCGCCAGGCCAGGCGAGCGGCCAUUCAGGAGCUGCAGCAGAAGCGAGCCCAGGAGUCAGGCGCCCCUGAGCUCGGGCUGCUGAAGGAGGCGCGGGAGCCGGAGAAGCCCCAGCCUGCCCGGGAGCCGCCCCUGAGGCCCGGCAGCUCUGCUCAGGCCCACCAGACCCACAAGGCCAAUAACGCCAAAGCCGGAGUUGGCUUCCGUACCGCAGGCGCAGAGGACCCCCGCCAGCCGGCCUCCAACCCCUCCCCAGAGCCCCGGCAGUUUCCAGAGAACAAGCCUCAGGAUGCCAGCUCCCAGGACGUGGCCAGUGAGGAUCUGGAGGUGGUGGGCCCUGCCCAGGGCAAGGCCCAGUCCAGGGCCACCCUGGAUGAGCUGCUGGCCACACUAAGGCUGCUGGAGGAGGAGCCCGAGCCGCUGCCCAACCCCAGGGCCUAUCACAGGGACAAAUCCUCCUGGACCAAUGAGGAGGAUGAUGCCAGCCCCCUGACGGCAGACAACCUGGAGAGGUUCCGGAAGCUCGGCACGUGCGCCAGUCCCCCCGAAGACGGGACUCUGCUCUCGGAGGCCAAGCUGCAGAGUAUCAUGAGCUUUCUGCACGAGAUGGAGAAGUCAGGGCAGGACCGGCCGGCCUCAGCCCCCCAGGGGCUGGUGCCGGACGAGGGGCGCCUGGAGCCCACGUCCACGGUGAGCUCUUCUGUGAUGCGGCUGAAGCUGGAGGUGGAGGAGAAGAAGCAGGCGGUGGGGCUGCUGCAGAAAGCGCUGGUGCAGCAGCGGGACCUCACUGUCCGGCGGGUCAAGGAGACGGAGAAGGAGCUGGGCCGGCAGCUGCGGCAGCAGAGGGACCACUACGAAGCCACCAUCCAGCGGCACCUGUCCUUCAUCGACCAGCUGAUUGAGGACAAGAAGGCCCUGGCGGAGAGGUGCGAGGCCGUGGUGGUGGAGCUGAAGCAGGGCGACCAGAGGCGCAGGGACAGGGAGGCCCAGGUGCAGGAGCAGCACGAGCUGGAGAUUAAGAAACUCAAAGAACUAAUGAGCGCCACCGAGAAAGUCCGCAGAGAGAAGUGGAUCAAUGAGAAAACCCGAAAAAUCAAGGAGAUUACGGUCCGAGGCCUGGAGCCCGAGAUCCAGAAGCUGAUCGCCCAGCACAAGCAGGAGGUGAAGAAGCUCAAGAGCCUGCACGAGGCGGAGCUGCUGCAGGUGGAGGCGCGCGAGGCCCAGCGCUACGGGCGCCAGGUGGAGGAGCUGCGGGAGCACCUGCAGCAGGAGAAGGAGGCGCUGGGCAGGCAGGAGCGGGAGCGCGCCCAGCAGCGCUUCGAGGAGCACGUGGAGCAGGAGCAGCGGGCCCUGCAGCAGCAGCGACGGCGGCUCUACAGCGAGGUGGCCGAGGAAAAGGAGCGGCUGGGCCAGCAGGCAGCCAGGCAGCGGGCGGAGCUGGAGGAGCGGAGACAGCAGCUGGAGGAGAGCAGCGCCGCCGAGGGCCGGGCGCUCAGGGCCGAGUUUGAGAAGGGGCGAGAGGAGCAGGAGCGCCGGCACCAGAUGGAGAUGAAGGCCCUGAAGGACCAGCUGGAGGUCGAGCGACAGACGUGGGCGGCCAGCUGCGCCCAGAAGGAGGAGGCCUGGCUGCUGAACCGGGAACGCGAGCUGAGGGAGGAAAUCCGGAGAGGCCGCGACGAGGAGAUCGAGCUGGUCAUCCACCGGCUGGAGGCGGACAUGACGCGCGCCAGGGAGGAGAGCGAGCGGGCCGCCGAGAGCCGCCUCAGGCGCAUCCGGGACAAGUACGAGACGGAGCUCUCGGAGCUGGAGCAGUCGGAGCGGAAGCUGCAGGAACGCUGCGCGGAGCUGAAGGGGCGCCUCGGGGAGGCCGAGGGGGAGAACCUGCGCCUGCAGGGCCUGGUGCGGCGGAAGGAGAAGGAGCUGGCCGAGGUGGCGGCGGUGAAGGAGCAGCUGGCCAGUGAGCGCAGCAGCCUGGCCGAGGUGCUCCGCCAGGAGUUCGCCGAGCGGCUGGCAGCCUCGGAGGAGGACGCGCGGCGGGCCAGGGCCCAGCUGGAGCAGCUCACGCGGGAGAAGCAGGCGGAGCUGGAGGAGGUGCACGGGAGGGUGAAGGCAGCCCUGGCAAAGAAGGAGGAGGCCGUGCGCAGCCUCUGGAAGCAGCAUGAGGCUGCAGUGAAGCGGGCUGACCACCUGGAGGAGCUGUUGGAGCAGCGCAAGCGGCCGUUGCCCAGCGCCAAGUGACGGAGCACAGCCGGGAUGGGAUGGUGGGCCCUUCCCUCCCUCUGCCCCAGGGUCAGGUCGUCCUGAGGUUAGAGCCCUGUAGCUGCAUUUUGAUAGUAAAGAGAUGUUUUUAAUAA